CAAGCGCGGCCCACCAAGCAGCAAAUCGAACUUUACAUCAACCAAUAUGACCUUCAAAGACGUUGUCCGCAGAUCUCCACUAACACGGUAUGGCAAAGCCAUCCGGGAAGCACCUCGGGAGAUCAUCCUCAACCGCCACUUGAUGCUCUCAUGAUUUAUCUACGCUGUUGGGGGUGUUCCAGUCAUCUGGGAUCAGGGUGCAUCUUCGGUCAUACCGUCCCUUCCUGGCUUCCAAAACCACUUCAAGAUCAGCUCUGGAUCCAACGCAGACGAUAUACGCACCUUUAUUUCCAUCGUCUACGUAGGAUUCGGGGUAGGUGCCGCCCUGACCCUUUUCGUGAAUGACUUGAUUGGUCGAAUCUGGUCGUUUCGUCUCUAUACCCUCAUCUGGUGUAUUGGCUCCAUAAUGGCCAUCUUCUCUCCAAACGUCAAAGUCCUCUAUGCCGCUCGCGUUAUUCAAGGUCUGGGACUCGGGCCCCUUACCGUUAGUGGCCCAAUGUCCAUCGUGGAAAUCGCCCCGGCGGAAAUUCGAGGCCUUCUGACAUCGUGGUUUCUUCUCAUGAUGGGUGUCGGACUCUUUGGAUCUGUAUUCUGCGCUCUAGGAGUUUACCGGCAUGUCCCUGUCGGCAAUCUGCAAUUUCAGAUCGUCUGGUUCACCCCAAUGAUUCUUAUGGCUCUCUGCAUGAUCGCUACCUUUUACCUCAGUGAAUCGCCCCGCUGGCUCUUCCUAGCCCACCGUCGCGAAGAAGCCAUCGCCUCUUUAGUAAAGCUGCGUGGUUUACCAGCUGACCAUCCUCGCGUGGAGCGAGAGCUGCGGAAUAUCGAAGACGACAUCAGCCGAACCGCCGAAGCAGUCGGAAACUCCAGUUUCUGGGCCAUUGCUAAAGAAACGUUUACUAUUCCCUCAAAUCUGCGACGACUCCAACAGUGCAUCAUGUGCUACGCCCUCGCCCAGCUUUCCGGAGCAAAUCUCAUCACGUCGUACUUGGUGCCGGUUCUCGAGAUCGUCGGUGCCGGAGGCGAUACGGCCCAUUCUAUGUUCUUAAGUGGCAUGUAUGGCCUGGCUAAGUUCUUCUUUGUCUUGAUUGCGACGUUCUUCUUCGUCGAUGCGCUUGGUCGUCGGAAUUCCCUUUUCGUUGGUGCCAGCCUUCAGAUGAUCACGCAUAUCUACCUUGCUGUCUAUAUCCGAUAUACGCAGAAAGGACCGGUUCCAGAGUCUGCGUCUAACGCGGCGAUUGCUGCUCUCUUUAUUCAUGCCUUCGGCUAUGGAGUUGGGCUGUACAUCCUCCCAUACAUCUUCGGCGGCGAGCUCUGGCCCAACCGCAUCCGCUCGUUUGGUGGUGCCGUAGGCCAGGCGUUCCACUGGCUAUUCAUCUACGGGAUGCAGUAUAGCAUGCCCUCUAUCCUGUCCAGCUUUGAUCAAUGGGGCGCGUUCCUGUUCUUUGCAGGUUGGUGUGCACUCGGCAUUCUCUACACUUACUUCAUGGUUCCGGAGAUCGCGGGGCUUAGCGUCGAGGAAAUAGAAGAGUUGUUUAGGGGUCCGUGGUUCAGUGCUCAUCGGGGCGGUAGGACGAUUGUUGUUGAAGGGUGUCCUGGGGAUGGGUUGGGUAGAUCUUGGACUAAUGAUGAUGCGAAAUACGCUGGCGAUAAGUGCUAA